AUGGGCGGUACGCAGUUCAAACACCUCAAUCAAAUCGCAAGAGAAAUAUGGCAGUGGUGCGAAGCUCGGAACAUUAUAAUCAUUGCUUCUUAUAUAUCAUCAAAAAAUAAUGUCGAGGCAGAUGAAGAAUCACGAAAAUCAAAAACUGAAAUAGAGUAUGAACUCGCAGACUGGGCUUUUUUGAAAAUUGUAAAGAUCUUUGGUGCUCCACAAAUAGAUUUAUUUGCCAGUCGGUUGAAUCAUAAAUGCAAUCGAUACUUUUCAUGGGGAAAAGACCCAGACUCUGAAGCAAUAGAUGCCUUCACACAACCAUGGAACAACAUAUUUUUCUAUGCUUUUCCUCCUUUCAAUUUGAUAUUGAAACAACAAACAACACCCAUUGUGGAAAAAGCUUUCCCUGGUGGUCGGGCUGUUAUCAGCGAAGCAUUUAGGAGGCAAAAAUAUCCUGCAGAAUCUAUAGAAAUCGGCAUAGCCUCGAUUGAAUCUUCUACAAUAGUCAAUUAUGAAGUUUAUCUGAGGAAGUGGUGGAGUUUUUGUAAUACUCACAACGUCGAUUGCUUUCAUCCGUCUGUGCAAGAUGUAAUAUCAUUCCUCCACGCAGAAUUUGAUAGGGGUUUAUCAUCGAGUGCACUAAAUGUGGCACGUUCUGCGAUAUCUUUGAUCGUCGAUUAUGACUUUGCUGGUGAUUUUAGAUUAAAACGUUUUUUAAAAGGCUGCUAUAAAGCAAGACCAUCAAAGCCCAAGUAUAAUUAUACUUGGGACCCUAAAGUAGUUUUAAAUUUUUUCAAAAAUAAAGGUGCCAAUGAGUUAUUGACAUUUAAAGAUCUAUCAAGAAAAGUUGUAACUCUUCUAGCGCUAGUAACUGGACAAAGAAUUCAAACGCUAUCAUUAAUUAAAAUAGAAAAUAUUAAAAUCGAAGACGAAAGAAUCGUCAUCUUCAUUCCAGAUCGAGUAAAGAAUUCUCAAAAAGGUGUGAAACAACCUGUUCUUUAUAUACCCUUUUACAUACAAGAUGUUAAUAUUUGUCCAGCUUCUGCGCUUAAAGAAUACCUGAAUGUAACACUUACUUUGCGAGGAGAAGAAACCUCGUUAUUUUUAUCGUUAAAUAAAGGCAAGAAAAAAGCCGUUUGUAAACAAUCGCUUAGCAAUUGGGUGAGAAAAGUUUUAACAUUGGCUGGCAUAGACAGCGUAUUUACGGCCCAUAGUACGAGGCACUCAUCUAACUCAGCAGCUAAGCGAUUGGGAACUUCGAUUGAUACGAUCUGUAAAACGGCAGGAUGGUCGAAAAGUUCGGCCACAUUUGCUCGUUUCUACAAUAGAGAAAUCAUAGAUCAAUCAGAGUUCGCAUUAUCCAUUUUGAAUAACAGGAGAACCUAA